AUGCGGUCCAUCAGCACCAGAGAGAAGCUUUUGUCCCUCAUUGAUGACACGGAAUUGAUAUCGAAGGAACUUUUAGAAAACAGCAUUGCUCCCAAAGCACAGAGGCUGUCUUCCCAUGAUCAGGCCCAGCUUAUCGAACUCCUAAUCCACAAAGACACAGAACUGAAGGAAAACUAUAAAGCCAGUAAAAACACUAUCACCCGACAGUUGGCCAGUGACCAAGCGAGGAUUGCAGAAAUCAUGGAGACAGUACAGGCAGAAGUGGACAGGCACGACCAGAUGAUUUUGCAGCUAGAAAAGCAAUUACAUGAUGCCCAUCACACCUUAUCUGUGGCAUUGUACCAGGCAAGACAGAAACUACAAAGCAUUGCAAGAGCCAACAAAAGACCUGUCAACAGUGAGGAACUUAUAAAAUACGCACACAGAAUCUCUUCCACGUACGCCGUCUCUGCACCAGACAAUUGGCAGCAGGGUGAUCCUAGAAGACCAUACCCCACAGACUUGGAAAUGCGUGCCGGUUACUUAGGUCAGAACGGGCAGCUCCUCCAUACCCAGUCCCACCUUUCUGACCCGAUGACAAGAGGCCACCACACCGGUAAGUACGGUGCGUUCCUUCACAAUUUUGCCAUUUCGAUGUUGUGUUGUUGUUGUGGUGUUCUCAGUUUGUUUUUAAUUUUGGCUGAACUCUUUUGGUAA